AUGUCGGGAGAGCACCACCACCACACGGACAGCAGACACCACAGUUUUGACUCUGUCGCAUCGACCCUGACCGAGGCCAUGGCCUCAUCUCCUGCCUUCUUUGACCAGAUCAAUUCGACGGCCUUUGAUCGGGCGUCGUUUGAUCGCAUCCCUGUCUCGACUACCUCUGCUUCUGCUUCCCUUUCUCCUGCGUCAUUAUUGGCGUCUUCGCAUCACCAGCAACACCAGCAUCAAUACAACCAACAUAUCAUGCAUCAUCAGCAUCAUCUUCCAAUCUUUAACUCAACCUCGACUCUGCUUCAGCAUCACCCUCUGCCCCAAUUGCACCAACAGCAAUUUCGACAGCAGCAACAACCAAUUGAUCCAGUUAUGGCCACAUUCGUUGGUCCACCUUCUUCCUCGUCGUAUUCGACUUCCGCCUCUUCGACAUCUUCGUCCAAGCACGCUCGCUCCAGCGACGAUGAUACAGCAUUGUCAGAAAAGGACCCCUCAAUUGAUUCAAGUGAAUCCCGCCAGUCCAAACGAUCCAGACAUGACGCUGCUGUUGUCAACACAAGCCAUAUCGGCGAUGUUGUCCCCGCCCAUCCGCCAAUUGAUCAAUUGAUUCCAGCAGGAACAGUUUCCGACAAAAUAACGCCACCAAUUUCGCACGGUACUCCCGGUCUUCUCUCUACCACUACAGCUACAGCCACGGUCCUACAGGACCAAUCGACUCCCUCCUUGACCUCGACACCCUCAUCUUCAUCUUCUUCCUCGACAAAUUCUCUCCAGCAACAGCCAUCAUUAACAGGACAGUCAGGCGCGGAAACACAACCCAAGUCGGCACCAACAGCGACAGUAGAUCCAGAGGCAGCGCGCCCCCUUUGUUUUGGCAUGAUUCAAUCUCUUGUGGUGACACUCUACCCACGUCAUCUCGAGUUUGAGGAGGGCAAGGCCGACCCUGUCCUAAUCCGCCGCGCUACCACGGCCAACAAGGCCAGCUUAGCUGUCGAACACGAGGCGGGACUUUACGGCUACGUCGUAUCGGAGUUGACAGACAUCCUUAUCCCCCUUGUCGAUGCCAACAUGGUUUGGUGGGAGGCACAUGUUCCUCGUCAGCGAAGACACAAUAAUGUCAGUGUGCCUGUGAAUAUCAUACUCUACGGACCACAGGAGCAUCAGAUGACAGUCGCAAAGGCACUCCACGGCAAAGUCAGGCUGGAGGAUCCAAUCGAGUUUGACCAUCGAUCUCGCUAUUCGAAUCCGUUACUGCCUGCGCCUGGUGAGAAAUUAUCGCCCUAUGACGUCUGGCGUGGAGUCACAACACCCUCCCUGCCCUAUGCGAACGGCUCAUCUCUCAGGGGCAACGGAUAUUCGAACGGAUAUGGAGGUGGAACAGCCGUGCGAUCUGCCGAGGAAAUCAGGAACCAGAUCGAUGGCGUCUUCAAGGGUCUUCGGAGUGCGACUGAUUUACCCCUCGUUGAGGCGUCUCCUUGUAUCGCGACGACGUUGUACAAGCAUCAAAAGCAAGCGCUGUACUUUUUGCUGGAGCGGGAGAAGCAGGAAGACUAUGCUGAUAACGAAAAGAAUGUGCUCACGUCGCUUUGGAGAGUCCGUCACCCUCCUCAUGGACAUCCUGUCUAUUUGAACGUUGUCACCAACCAAGAGUCUAGCUCCAGGCCAGUGACCAUGCGUGGAGGCAUCCUCGCCGAUGAUAUGGGAUUGGGCAAAACAAUUACAGUUAUCUCGUUGAUUGCAGCGACAUUAGACCGACGGCGGUAUGCCCCAGCAUUGAUGCCAGACAUGAGCGGAUCUCUUUGGCCAAUGCAGCAGAGGCGACCCAUCAACAUGCGCACAAAAUCUCAUGCCACUCUGAUUGUCUGCCCGCUGUCAACGGUCCAGAACUGGGAGGAGCAAUUCGACAUGCACGUUCACAAAGGAACCUUGCAGGUGUAUGUGUAUCAUGGAGGACAGCGCGCAACCGACCCAGAGUUUCUCGCUAAGCACGACAUUGUAAUUACGACUUACAACCUGUUGGGAACAGAGUUUUCAAAAGAGAACAAAGCGCGUGAUACUCCCAAUGGACCUUCCAAGUGUCCUAGCGUUCUUCAGCAUGUAGAUUGGUUCAGAGUUGUCUUGGAUGAGGCACAUAUUAUCAAGGAGGUGAACACUGUUCAAAGCAAGGCUGCGGCUGCCCUUGUUGCCGAGCGCAGAUGGUGUCUCACCGGCACCCCUGUGCAAAACAAGUUGGAUGAUUUGUAUGCGUUGGUCAAGUUUCUUCGGAUGCACCCGUUUGACGAAAAGGUUCAGUGGACACACUACAUCUCAAAGCCCAUCAAGGCCGCCAACCCGAUCGGAAUCACUAGACUUCAGACGUUGAUGAAGGUCAUAACUCUUCGCCGCACAAAGUCGCAGAUGGUUGAUGGUCAACCGCUCCUGGCCCUACCAACUCGCACGGAUCAUAUGCGGAUUCUGGAUCUGAGUCUCAACGAACGACAGCUUUAUCAGCGCAUGGAAUCCCGAGCCAAACAGACGGUCGACCAGAUCGUGCAGGAGAACAAGAUCAUGAAGAGCUAUGCCCACAUCCUGCAGGCCAUUCUGAAGCUCCGACAGAUCUGUGCACACUACGCCCUGCUCAAGAACACGGAUGAUCUGGACAACAUGACAGGCGAGUUUACACUUACUAAGGCGAUGGAUAUCUUGACGCUCCUUCAGGAGUCUGGAAACGACCAAUGCAAUAACUGCUUCAACAGCUCGACGCCAACGCCGAUUGUGACACGGUGUGAGCAUAUCUUUUGCCCGGACUGUGUCAAGAAGCUGAACCCCGUCACCUUCAUGUUAAUCCAGCGGUCGAAUGCCAACCACAGUGUGACCCCCGGAUUGCAGAUUGAUUUCUCGUGCCCGCAGUGUGCAUCGACUUUGAGGCCUGUGGAUGUGAUUCAGAUCCAGGACUAUGCGGAUGAGCGGGCUGCAGCAGCGGCUAGUUUGAGAGCGGAUGAGAUUCAUACGCGCAAGGAUGAGAAUGGCAUGUUUAUCCACAGCACCAAGGUCAAGGCGCUGAUGGAGGAUUUGGUUCAAGCGGUUGAGAAUUCCAAGACCUCUGGUCAGCCUGCUGCCAAGAGUGUUGUCUUUUCUCAGUGGACCAGUAUGCUUGAUCUCAUCGAGGAUGGACUGCGGGAAAACCAUAUCAAGUUCACUCGCCUAGAUGGAACGAUGCAGAGGAACGAUCGCACGGUGGCCAUUAUGGACUUUAAGGAAAAGCCGGAUGUGAGCGUGAUCCUCAUCAGUCUGAAGGCUGGUGGAGUUGGGCUGAACCUGACAGCUGCUCAGCGUGUCUACCUCAUGGAUCCCCACUGGAACCCUGCGGUGGAGAGUCAGGCCGUCGAUCGCAUUCAUCGACUGGGACAGACCAAACCCGUGGAUGUCAUUCGCUUCAUCAUCAAGGAAUCGAUUGAAGAGAAUAUCUUGGAGUUGCAGAAGCGCAAGGCGGCAUUAUCGGAUAUGACGUUCUCCGAGAAGCUGUCGAAGCAAGAGGUCUUGAAGCGUCGCCUCGAGGAUCUGAAGUGUCUGUUCCGUGGGUCGUCUGACCUCAUCAAGAAGGUGCCUCGCGACCCCUAG